CUGACCACUGAACUGCCAGAAUGGUAAGAACAGUACCCAACACGAUCUCAAGAAGAACUAUCACCCAACAACGACCACCCCAAUACUCACCCUCUCCUGCCUGCACGGAUCCACUUCUCCUCAACAGGAACAACCUCAACCGAUUCUUCGACCGCUCCCUCAACAACUACCCACACCCGAGCCCAUCCAAUCCAACACCAUCUAUUGAGGAUCCCAUAACAACUCAAAACAGCUCCAUAAAACCAAUCGCCAAAUCGCAUUUCCUUGGCGUCUUGAUUCCUAAGUAUGAUCCUCCAUCAAUCAAAGAACCAUCGACAGGACUUCAAAGAAGACAGAAAACAUUAAUAUCUUCAGUCCAUCGAUUUUCUAAAAAUCAUCAUCAGCACAACCAGCCCAUGAAGAAGAAGAAGAAGAAGACCCCAAAACACACCAACCGCCAGAGAAGAGUCGGUUCGAUCAGUCGUGAUUCAUCGGUUGAAAUUAAUCAUUCAGAAGAAGUCGUAUCUGAUCAGCAAUUCAAUCGACUGUUGAACUUAGAUCAGGUUGUUGUUGAUCACCAAAAGUUUCGGAAAGGAGAUGCAGUCUUUGUGGUACCAGAUAUUGGAGACGAAGAAGGGCCAGAACAAGACCUCGAAGUCGAACGAUAUUGGUUGGCGUUGAUCAAAGAAAUCAAGACACGGCGUAGCUUCGAGGAUGAAGAUCGUCUGGAGACGGACCCUCGAACUGCAGUUUUCUUGAAGGUGGAAUGGUUCUAUAGACUCGAUGAUUUCGAGAACUCGAUGAAAAAUAAUCCCGUCUUCCGAAAGAUCGUAGGCAAGUUGAAAAAGAUCGGGUUCAGAUCCAACCAAAACAAACUCCGAUCAAACGAUUUCCGAUUCCAAGACAAAGAAUUGAUCAGAACGGAUCAUUCGAGUAUCAUCCACAUCAACAGUCUGGCUGGCAAAGCAGAUAUUUAUAAGUUUGAUGACCAAGUGUCACCUCAGAAUAACCAGUGUCCAAUCUUCGAACGUUGUUGUUGGCAAACGCUGGAGAAAAAGGCCAUCAAUCACUCGAGGAUUGAUGAUAAUCAUAUGCUGCAAUCCAUCGGCGUCGAUCGGUUUUAUUAUCGGCUACAUUUGCGCUUGAACCAUCCGCCUAGACGUACCCUUUCGCGUAAAAAUUCUGGACAACAGUCAAACGGGCUAUUUUUUGGAUGCAAGUGUACGAAAGUGUAUGACCCGAGAUCGGAGAUGAUGAUCUACGAUUUCGAGGGAUCCGAAUGGGUCCAUCUGAGCUGUUUGAUCACCCAUCUAACGGACCACCAACAUGAAGACAGCAGCACCACAAGAGAUCUAGUACAUCAUGCAAUCAAGGAUCUACAGGUCCGACUCGAGUCGAUGAAGAUGAAAGCACACGCACAGUGCGAUAUGCUUCAAAUCAAAGCGGCCUUGCUUCAGAUCUUGAUUCCUUCUUCUGCUACUACCAUUGGUACUCACUUAUCCUUUGGCUCUCGUUUCUUCAACAAUCGGUCUUUGUGUUUGCUUAGAGGGUUUUAUUAUUCGCUCGCCGGCCAAUUCUGUUGA